CGUUAGAAUAGACUUGCCCGGUCAAAGGUCAGAAAUACGACGUGCUCAGCAGAAGAUGUCUAGUGCUUUGGUAUUCCCAUUGAAGUGUGCUGUGCAGCAGUAUGCCUGGGGGAAGGUGGGUCCUGACAGUGAGGUGGCGAAGCUGAGUGCCAGCAGUGAUCCCAACUUUGUCAUCGACAACAGUGCCACCUAUGCAGAGCUAUGGAUGGGGACCCAUCCCAAGGGCCCCAGUACCAUUGUGUCCCCUGGUAUGGCUGACACAUCCCUGGCACAGUGGGUACAGGACAACCCUGCUGCACUGGGGGAGAAGGUGCUACACAAGUUUGACAAACAGCUGCCUUUCCUCUUCAAGGUCCUGUCAGUCAACACAUCAUUGUCUAUACAGGCCCAUCCAGCUAAGCAACAUGCUGAAGAACUGCAUGCAGCUAGGCCUGACAAGUACCCUGACCCUAACCACAAGCCUGAGAUGGCCAUCGCUCUCACUCCAUUCGAAGGUCUUUGUGGAUUCAGACCACUCGAAGAAAUUGUUGGCUUCCUGAAAGGUGUUGCAGAGUUCCAGGCUGUAGUCGGGUCAGAGGCCGCAGAGGCCCUGAUGACCGCCCAGUCCUCCGGCCAGCCAGACCAGGUGUCCCGGGCCAUGCAGAGGUGCUUCACUGCCCUCAUGACCUGUGACAAGGACACAGUAGCCAAGCAGCUGUCUUCACUCCUGGACAGGCUCGCAAAACAAGGUGAUGUUGCCAUGUCCGACAGUAAUAAGGAGUUGUUCCAGCGGCUCCACUCCCAGUUCCCUGGUGAUGUGGGCUGUUUUGUCAUCUUCUUCCUCAACCACAUGAGACUGCAGCCUGGAGAGGCCAUGUUUCUGGGACCAAACAAGCCCCAUGCAUAUCUGUCAGGAGACUGCAUGGAGUGCAUGGCGUGUUCUGACAAUGUUGUGAGGGCAGGGCUCACACCAAAGUACAUUGAUGUCUCCACACUGUGUGAGAUGUUGGAGUACGUACCCAGCAGCCCCCAGCAGCAGAUCUUCCAGUGCCAGAACCACCCCACAGACUCCUCAGUCUCCAUAUACAACCCUCCUGUGCCUGACUUUGCUGUGGCUAAGAUACAGAUUCCCUCGGACUGUGCCCAGCCCUGUUCCUACACCCUCGAGGCGGUGGAUAGCGCGAGUAUCGUACUGACCAUAGAGGGAGAGGGGGAGGGCACCACGGCGUCUGUCACCGAACACAAGGUCAAGUUCUCCCGUGGGAUCGUGGUGUUUGUAUCGGCCAACCAGAGCGUCAACAUCUCCUGUAGGUCUAAAGGGAUGCUCAUGUUCCGAGCUUUUUGUCCGUUAGAGUGAGUAGUUGUGCCAUUUCCUGCACUAGAUUUGUCUCUGUCACAGAUCUUGUAGAAGUUUCAGUGUUAAUUCUAGGGGGUAGGGCUGAUUUUCAACAAGAGGCCCGUACACGUGUUCUGUAGUGGUAGAAGAGAUCUUUAAUGCCGUCCCCCAAAAUCAGUCUGGCACUCCUAGAAAUUCAGUAGAAGGUCUGCAAAGGGGGCUAGCACUAAUUGAUAUAAAAUCAUCCAAUCAGCCUAUGAACAUCACAGGUAAAUACUCUGGGUACAUAGAUCUGUUGAAUAUUGCUAUCUAAAUAAAAUUUGUUUUCUCUAGAAUAGCUAAAAUUAAAGACAUGAUUUCUGUCAAGCAAUAGUUACAAGAUUCUAUCAAAUAACAGAAUAAGAGAUUGUGAACAAACUAUAGAUGGAUUGUUGACUUAUUUCCUACCUCUAGUAAAAAGAAUUUGUGGAAAUUUCUAAAUGAAGGGAUAGCUACAUAGAUUAAGAUUCAUCAAAAUAUAUGUGACAUAAUUUUAUCAGAUGUGACAAAAGACAUAAGAUUUUAUCCUGCAGACUGCAAAAAUAUAAUUUUGCUGCUGAAUGGGGUUAACCCCUGUGCCAAAUUAUCAGAUAUGAGUUAGAUAUGAAUUGUACAAAUCAAAUUCCAAUAUGCAUAAUGAAUUUGAAGUAAUUGCGUAUCAAGGGUGAUACAAGGGGAAUGAUAAAACUAGUAACAGCAUAAUAUUUUGGUGUACACUGUACAUGUAUCAAGAGACAAGCAAACCACAUAAUAUUAUAUAUUGUGUGACAUAAAC